UGACCCAUUCAGAAAAAAACCGGAAGUACUGGUUCGGUAUUUUCAACGAGUAGAGCAGUGGGAUUAUUGUCUUCAUCAUGCAAUUAUGUAAAACAAGUGCGUUUGCGGUAUUGACGGUAGUUACUCUUUGUCUUUCUACGACCGUUGACGGCGACAUUGACAAUGUUUCAGAUGAAGAGGACGCAUCGAGGUACCUCUCCGGACUGAGCCCCGUCCUCCUACCCGCCGUGGACCCUCUAUCAUCAUCACACACUCUGUCAGCCGUUGUGGCCCAAGAUCUAGAGAUCAACCAAACCUGUCGCAACCUGGCCACUAUAUUCCAUGAUCGAUACAUCGCAUACGCAGAUUGUCUGGUGAAGUCUGCCCGUCCUGUCGAAGUGUGUCUCAACUGUUUUGAAGGUUAUGCUCUCCUGUCAGAAAUAUAUGCAAACAUUUCAAACGACCAGGUUGGUCCUGGUAACUGUAGAGACAGUCUUCUCAGGAGUGAUCGGCUCAUGCUGAUUUAUCUGCUGUACGGCAAUCUGCAGAAUAUCUGGAGGAACUCAGCCUGCGAACAGUGUGUCAACACAGAACAUCAGACCUUGAAGAAUGACACUCUUUACUUCAUGAAUGAGCGCAACCAAUCCAUCUCCUGCUUUGACCAGUAUAAACAGGAAAACCACUCAGACCUGUGCGUGAAAUGUAAGAGCAAGUAUGAAAGCCUGAAUGUGCUCUACGGCGGCAUGGAGAAGAACGGCUCUCUGUGUAUCGACAUUGAGGAUGCGAUGAACGUGACCCGUAGGCUUUGGAGUAAGAACUACAACUGCAUCGCCCCCCGAGAAGGGAUGAUUCCAGUCAUCGCCGUCUCUUGCUUCAUGCUCUUUCUGCCCAUCAUCUUCUACUUGAGCAGCUACCUUCACUCGGAACAAAAGAAACUCAAGCUCAUACACCCCAAGAGAGCCAAGUCCAACAACAGCCUCAUGAACAUCCAGGAUAAGUUCAGCUGAUGCUGUGGGAGAAGGUCAGCGUUAUGGCCACUUGUUGCCAGCAUCCUCACCUACCCCCGGGCCUUCCUUUGUCCUCUGCCAAUGGCCGACCUCUCCAUGUGCACUGCUGCUGAAGAGGGCUCCACUAAAGUAUUCCUGGCUUAUCGCUUACAGGGGAGACUUUUGACUCCAAAUGAUAUGAAGAUGACCUCUCAGCCGUACCUGGACGAUUCUUGUCGCUGUAGAGGCUGAAAUGUUGAAGAUAAAUAAUAGGAAUAAUAAUUACAUUAAUACAUUUAGCAUGUUUCAUGCACACUGUUUUAUUUGUAUUUCUUUUAGGCUUACUAACAUGAAGUUCUGUGCUAAACUGCAGUUAUAUUUAAGUCAAGUUAACUUCUACAUUGUUUUGGCUCACCAAUUUUUUUUUAUACAAAUAAAUGUUAAUAAUUUUAACAUUUCAACAUACAUUUUUCAGUUUCUUGAGGCAGACCUAAGCCUAACUCGGAAAAGCUUGCUUUUUUUUGGUUGAGUUCUUUGGUUUUUUGAUGUGUAGUGGGGCCAUGUAAGUGGCAUUGUGUGCAAACGCCAUUUCUCUUUGCUUGUGAGAUGGGUUUUAUGUCUAAUGUAAGUCCAGCAGAAAGGGCUUAGCAGAAAGCACUUGAUGUCCAUUACUGGUGACAUGUAUCUGCUGUAAGAAGAGAUGAGGAGGGCAGCAACGAGAAGAAAAGUAAAUAAAUAAAAUAAUGGCAUAUAAUGUGAAAGGCACUCAAAAGUAUGACACUGAUGUUACGUGUGUGUGUGUGUGUGUGUGUGUGUGUGUGUGUGUGUGUGUGUGUGUGUGUGUGUGUGUGUGUGUGUGUGUGUGUGUGUGUGUGUGUGUGUGUGUGUGUGUGUGUGUGUGUGUGUGUGUGAUGCUUUUAACAUGUUUUGUUCUGCUUUCCGCUGUUUAACUUAAUUUGUUAGAGGUUGCAAACAGCUCGUUAUAGUCAGGCAUCCCCCAGAGAGCAGGCAGACUGCCUUGCUAAAUUGCACAAUUAUAAGUGAUGCGUUAUAGGAGUCACUCUGGUAAACACAAAUUUAUUUAUAUUUACUUGAAUGUAAUGCUAAAAAAGGUUAUUUACUCUAUGAUUACAUCGGCAGUGACCACAUGUAGGCCUAUUACAUGUUACAAUUUAUUUUUAAGAACUGCAUUUAAAGCAUCGCAGAGAGUCCUAUGUUACAAAAUGUAAAAUGUUUGCCUACAAAGAUAUUUAAACGCAACAUCACCCUG